AUGGGUCGCGUUAUCGGGGCAGUCAAUGGCCUAUGGGCAAGGAAGGGACCACGCAUCAGAGUCCACGAUGCCGGAAAUGGAACGUUUCUCUUCCGUAUACCCAAUGCAGAAGCCCGAAACAGGAUACUCAGUCGGCGAUUCUGGUACAUCGGGGCCUGCCCAAUGUUCGUGUCCAACUGGAAUCCAUAUCACAACCCAGAAAAACCCCCACUUCGAUCGAUCUCCACUUGGGUCACCCUACGAAAUAUCCCCCACAUACUCUACAAUUCUGACUGCCUGUGUCGAAUUGUAACGAGUCUGGGAGAUCCUCUGUACAUGGACAGGCAAACUGCAACGAAAGAGAAUUUGGCAAUAGCCAGAAUAUACACGGAGGUCCAACUCAACCGUCCUGUGCCGAGGAAGGUUACGGUGCGGCUCCCUACAGGAAAAGAAUUGUCUGUAGAUGUUGCAUAUGAUUGGUUGCCACCUACUUGCUAUCAUUGUCGUGAAGUUGGUCACAACCACCUUCACUGCCCCACCCAUCCUCCAAGUAGCCGCCCAGUCCAAUCGGUCACCACUACCAUCCCUGACCAGCCGAAAGUCAGUGUUCCUCAUACAUAUGAGAAAGGGCAUAAUCUGGCCUCCACCUCUCAAUCCCCAGAUGUUGAAACACCUCAACCUCAAAAGGACAUUCGAGGACAAGGCUCUCCUUCUAAGCCUAGUAAAGUUAUAGAGGAUGCCGCUCAAACUGAGUUUUCUGAACAGUUAGACCCAACUCCCACUCAUGGUGAAGCUCAAGCCUCGAUAACACCUUUGCUCUUGGCCGACUGCAAUGAAACAGUGGGUGCAAGUACGAGAUCAUAUGAGACAGAAGAAACCAAAUGGACUCAAAGAAAAGGGAAACAAAGGGGUAAAGGUCGUGGUCACAAGGCCACGAGAGGAGGCCUACUUGAAACGCACAUCCUCGAGAACAAUGCAGAAACAGUCCAGUCAGCAAUUCCUAUAGGCUGGAAGUCCUUUUGCAACUACGGUGAUGAUCGUCAUGGUCGAGUUUGGAUUGUCUGGGAUCCCUCUAUACUCGUCACGGUAUAUAAGUCCACACAACAAUCCAUCACCUGUGCCAUCCAUAAUCCGACGUCUAGGAUCUCCCUUACAGCAACCUUUGUGUAUGCAAGCAACCAUGCGUUGGCUAGGCAAGAUCUGUGGAAUGAACUAUUACAGCUCUCCGUGUAUCCUCCAUUGGUCGAUCAUGCUUUGGCAGUCUUAGGGGAUUUUAACCAACCCCUACACCAGAUGGACCGAUCAGACCUUACCCUAGUACCUUCUCAGAGCCAAGGACGACAGGAAUUCGCGACAUGUAUCGAGACGUCAGGGUUGAGAGAAAUCCCGACUUCAGGCAUGCAGUACACUUGGUGCAAUAACCAAUCGGCUAACCCUCUCUCGGUGAAAUUAGAUAGGGCAGUGGGUAAUGAUAAGUGGAUGGAUACCUUCCCAUCGGUCUACGCAGAGUUCAUGACUCCUGGGCCAUCCGACCAUGCCCCGUGUGUCUUGAGAUUCCCGGACAUCGUAGGUAAAGUACGACGACCAUUUAAAUUCCAUUACCAUCUCACCCUGGUGCCGGAGUUUAUGCAGAUUGUUAGACAGCAAUGGAACACUCAACUAUGGGGAGGAACUGACCAAUACAAGCUAUGUAAAGCCUUGAAAGCAAUCAAAGCGCCGCUAAGACUCUUGAAUACGAGACUGUUCAACAACCUAUCCAUAAAAGUGAAGACGGUUGGCGAUCGACUGAAGCAGGUGCAGACAUACAUGCUUCAAUCCCCUGAUCCUGUGGUGAUUGAGAUAGAAAAAAAAUUGAGGAGGGAGUGGUACUCUUGUCCCUCUAACUUGGCUGUCGAACAAACAAGACUACCUUCUCCUGAUGAAAUCCAUCAGGUUCUUCUAGCAAUGCCAAACAAUAAGGCACCGGGACCCGAUGGAUUUACAAAAGAAUUUUUCCAGGCAACAUGGGAUAUCACAGGAGCUGAUUUGGUGAAGUCAGUCACUGAUUUCUUUGCUUCAGGGAUUCUUCUAGGGCAGACAAAUGCAACCAUCAUUACCCUAAUACCCAAGCGACAAGGAGCAGUCUCUUUAGCCGAUUUUCGCCCGAUUAGCUGCUGCAACACGGUUUACAAGAUUGUAUCUACCAUUAUAGCCAAAAGGCUCAAGCCGAUUCUACAAGAACUCAUUUCCCCGAAUCAGACCGCGUUUCUGAAAGGUCGGCUGAUGAUGGAGAACGUCUUGCUAGCCACUGAACUAAUUCGGGAUUACAACCAUAAGGGUUCUCCUCCAAGCGCCAUGAUAAAAAUUGAUAUACGAAAGGCGUUUGACACUUUGUCUUGGGAUUUUUUGAUGCGGAUACUGCAAGCUAUUAAUCUCCCACCGCAAUUUGUAAGUUGGAUCAAGAUGUGCAUCACAACACCUAAGUUCUCGGUCAACAUUAACGGAGAAUUAGCGGGCUACUUCAAAGGAAGGAGAGGUUUGAGACAAGGUGACCCACUAUCACCUUAUCUCUUUAUCCUUUCCAUGGAAAUUUUUUCAAGGAUGCUAGAUCAAGGAGCUUCCAUCGGCAGAUUCAGCCCUCACCCUAAAUGUCGACAACCUUCCAUCACUCACCUCUCUUUUGCAGAUGAUGUGAUGAUUUUCUGCUCUGGAGAUAUCCAAUCCCUACGUGCAGCGUUAGACAUUCUUGAUCAAUUUAGCACAGGCUCAGGACUAGCAAUGAACACGAGCAAAUCCGAGAUUUUUCUAGGUGGCCUACAGCAAAAUCAGGCAGACAGUUUGGCUGCUACAAUUGGAUUAAAGUUGGGUACUUUACCGGUCAAGUACCUCGGAGUACCCCUUAAUCCAACAAAGCUAUCAAAGUCAGACUUCCAGCCUCUCUUGGAAAAGAUCAAGAGUAAACUCACUGCUUGGAGCAUUCAAUACUUAUCAUACGCGGGACAUAUCCAGCUGAUCUCGACAGUCAUCUACGGGCUAAUUAACGCAUGGAGUCAGAUUUUUGCCCUUCCCAAAUUCUUCCUUAAAGAGGUAGAUAGUCUAUGCUCAAGCUUCUUGUGGAAAGGCAGUCACCAAGCUUCCGGGGGUCACAGAAUCUCUUGGGUAACCAUCUGUAUGCCGAAAGCAGAGGGAGGGUUAGGACUACGACGCCUUGAGGACUUCAACUUGGUGUUCCGGCUAAAACUCAUCUGGUUAAUCUUUGCUAAAGGGGGGUCACUUUGGGUUGCUUGGAUCAAGCAGAAUGUCUUUAAAUCCAACAACUUUUGGAUAUGUAAACCAUCCAACAGAUUAUCAUGGAUUCUUCGGAAACUCUUGAGCUUGAAAGAAACGGUCUGCAAGUUCCUGAAAGUGAAGCUAGGCAACAGAAGAAAUACUAGCUUUUGGUAUGAUCAAUGGGCAGGCAUAGGUCAGCUGAUUACUCUUGCAGGAGAUGAGGGGCCGAGGCUCUUAGGUAUUCCGAAGAAUGCAACUGUAGCUGAGGCAGCGCCGACAGGCAUGUGGACAUUUACAGGGGCUCGAACCGAGGUGAUUCAGGAGCUCCAAAUCGCACUCACUGCCAUCGGACCCCCACUCGAGUCUGUAGGUGCAGAUACGGUUAUGUGGAAGCAUGACAAUGACAAAUAUGAGCUUUGUUUCUCGUCGAGUAAAACCUGGAAACAGAUUCGAAUCUCAGGAGCCAAGCCGAACUGGUUGGACAAUGUUUGGCUGCCCGUAACAACGCCAAGAAUUUCCCUCCUCCACUGGCAAGUCAUGCAAGGUCGACUUCCCACAAAGGAUCGUCUAUUGCGAUGGGGAAUUAAUGUGGACGCCAACUGCUAUCUCUGCGGUAUGUCAGACGAAACUCAUGCUCACCUAUUUUAUGAUUGUCCAUAUAGCCUGGCUCUGUGGAAGUAUUAUGCAGAAUGUUGUUGGGCUUCUCCCCCGAGCGAUUUAUCACAACUCCCAGAAUGGCGCACAAGAAUUUGUGGAAACAACUGCAGAAACAGGGAACUUAUAUAA